AGUGCCAACUGCCAAACCACCAACAACUUUGAUCCCCCAUAAUAUUUCGAUUCCAAUUCCACCAAUUCUGCCCCAAUCCGAAUCUGAAUCCGAAUCCGGUGGUGGUGGUGGGGUUCAUAUAUAAAAUCGAAACGAUAAACUUACCGUCAACCAGUCGUCGAUAAUUUCAAACGAAUUUCAAAUGAACACGGACCGUUGCUGCAGUUGAACGUUACUUUUUUCGUCUGCUCUCUGCAUUUUGAAUGUUGUGCAAUAAUAAAUUAAUUUGUAUUUUUUUUUAAUCAAAAUUUUAUAAUCAAUUAAAUUUUUCUCGCGGAAUUUUUGUUAAGAAUAAAUUUUGUUUUAUGAUCAUCAAUUAAGGAAAUUUUUAAAUCAAAUUCGAUAUCAAAAAAAAAGUUCGGUGGUUGUGUUCAUCAGAAAAAAAAAAUACUCAUAAAGAAUCUUUAACAACUUUGGCACUCAAAAACUACUCGUAUCUUCUGAAUAGAAUUUUUUUAUUUGUAUUUAUCUAAAAUAAAAAUUAAUAAAGUAAAAUAAAAAAAAUAAUCCUCAACAGAGAGAAGUGUUGCAUUGAAGUGUGUGAAAAAAAAAAUAAAUAAAAAGAUAAAAAUACAAGUGUAGAUACAACAGAAAGUAAAAGUAUCUCAAAGGCAAAAAUUAUAAAAAAAAAAUAAAAAUAAAUUGCAGUUACUAUACCAGAGUUAAGAGGUUCUUGUUGUUGCUGUGGUUGUGUCUGUGGCUGCAGUUGUUGGUUUUUGUUGUUGUUGCAGUUACUGGCUGGUUCCAAGGAGAUAUACUAACGUUCGGAAUAUCCAUUCAUGCAUUAAGAUCAAAGAACGUCUGCACACUGUGUUGGUAAUUGAUUCUGCUGCUGCUACCGCCCCCACUUUGGCAAAAGACAUGGCAUUUAUUUGCAAACGUCUCUAGAAUCAACAAGAAUAAUAAAAUAAGAAACAAAAAAAAAAACAUUCUUCAAUGGAAACAUAACAGUUAUUGGUCAACUCUGUCAGUUUGAAGUCUAUGGACGAAAAUGGAUUACAGUUAUAAGUUUUUAUGGCUGUCCGGUAUACUAUUAGGUCCUAUUCUAUUCGCAGCUAUCACCAUGCAGAAUGUUGCCAGCCCAGUUUUUCAAAAUCACAAAACAAAAGAAUGGACGAAUUUAGAUAAUAUAACAUUUUCGUUUGAUUGCUCUAAUCGACCGGUUGGAUUUUAUGCCGAUAUGGAGUAUAAUUGUCAAAUAUUUCACAUGUGUGACGAAGAAGGAAAUCGCAUACCCCACUUGUGCGCCAAUGAAACUUCCUUUAAUCAGGAGUACAGAAUCUGUGAUUGGGACUAUAAUUUUAAUUGUACAGAAUCACCUAAAUGGUUUUAUCUCAACGAGCUGACAUAUGCCACUGAAACGCCAGAGGAUGAAGACUAUUAAAAGUGAAAUAAAUUAAAUGAAUUCUUAUGUAAUUAUAAUAUUAUUUUAUCCUAUUCAUUAAAUUAAAUCAAACAAAAAACAAAAAAAAUUAAAAUAUUUAAACAAAAAGUACAUACUACAAAAAAUAGCGAAGGGCUUGCCCAUAUAAAAUAUAAAUCGAGUAUAAUUUGUUGUUAAAUUAUUUUGUUUGUGUUCGAUUAUAAUAAUAAUAAAACAAAAAUGAUUGAUGUUUACAAGCGUA